AUGUAUUGGAAAAGUCUUGCAAUAGUGCUGAUCCUUGGACUAGUACAUCAGGCAUUAGGACAGAUAACUAAAAUAGAGUCUAAUGAACAAUGAGUCGCAUGUGCAUUCAAUGACCAAAGGAUCUGUUCCGAUUCUGAUCAUCAUAGAGAUAUCUACUGAUGAAAUCAUGAUGUCUUUGACACUAGAUGAGGAGCACAUUCUGGAAUAUGCGCAGAUGAGUUUAACACCACUGGAGGAAUUGGCAAGAAUCUUCUCCUCUGUCCUAAUGCUGAUGAGUGUGGCCAAGGAGUAUUCGAGCUAAAUGAAGGUGAAAAUGUAUCUCUUGACUUAACAGAUAUUCCGCAAGGUAAAGCAUGUAUAUUUAGAGUCAGGAAUAUUGGCCCAGAAAUUUUCAAAUUUAACCUCACCUCUUGACAAAUCAACUCGAUGAAAAUGCAGCUGUUUCUCUUAGAAGAAGGGCCUUAUGACUUUGAAUAUAAAGGAUCUUACACCUGAGAAGACAAUACAGAAUUAGAAGUCAAAGUUCCAAAACAAGAAGAUCUUUUCUUGAUAUUAUUACCUGAAAUGAGUGCUAAUAACUUUGCCAUUACUAUUUAUCCUGUGCUUUCAGAAGAGACCAGAAUGACGUUGAUAGUCAUCCUUAGUAUUGUCUUUGGAACAAUGCUUUCUAUAGCAGUUGCAGUUAUAAUAUCCUGUAUUGCUGUUAAAAUUCACAACAAAAGGCGUAGUAAAAGUAACGAAAGAAGUACUUCAGAUCCAGCAAGCCCUAAGAAAACUAGAGAAGGAAAAGGCUCCUUCGAUGACACACUAAAUGACUCUAUGCUUGAGAAAAAUGAUGAUGAAAUGAAGAUAAAUCAGUCAGUAUCCUCCUCAGCGAGUGAGCAUAAAGCGCCAUACUACAAGCAGUAUAAAAACGAUUAACUAAAUUUUGACACUCUAAUAUUUUUG